AUGGAUCAUUCCCAGUGCCUUGUGACUAUAUACGCCGCGGCGGUGCUGCUGGGGCUCCGGCUGCAGCAGGGCUCCUGCCAGCACUACCUGCACAUCCGCCCGGCUCCCAGCGACAACCUGCCUCUGGUGGAUCUAAUCGAGCACCCGGACCCUAUCUUUGACCCCAAGGAGAAGGAUCUUAACGAGACCUUGCUAAGGAGCCUCAUGGGAGGACACUUCGACCCUAACUUUAUGGCUAUUUCCCUGCCCGAGGACCGGCUCGGGGUAGACGAUCUGGCCGAGCUGGACUUGCUGCUGCGACAGAGACCUUCGGGAGCGAUGCCCGGCGAAAUCAAGGGGCUGGAGUUCUACGAUGGGCUGCAGCCGGGCAAGAAGCACAGGCUGAGCAAGAAGCUGCGCAGGAAGCUGCAGAUGUGGCUCUGGUCCCAGACCUUCUGCCCGGUCCUAUACACGUGGAACGAUCUCGGCAGCCGCUUUUGGCCCCGGUACGUCAAAGUGGGCAGCUGCUACAGUAAAAGGUCUUGCUCGGUCCCAGAAGGCAUGGUCUGCAAACCUGCCAAGUCCGUGCAUUUAACGAUCCUGAGGUGGCGGUGCCAGCGGCGGGGCGGGCAGCGGUGCACGUGGAUCCCCAUCCAGUACCCCAUCAUCGCGGAGUGCAAGUGCUCCUGCUAGGGCUGCGUGCCCGCCGGGCUGCCGGGGACCUUUGCUGCAACACAAACAAGAGACACUGCUUUCUGGUUAACGUUGUAAUGCACUGUAACGUGUAGGAGAAUGUAUAUUGUGUGUAUAUAUGGCACCGUUUUAAUAUACUAUUAAAAGGUCAGUAUUAUACGUGAAAUAAUCAGCGUCUACUGUAUUUUUAAGACUAUU